AUGUCAUCUUCCAAGAGGCUAAGGCAGAAGCAACAGCCGCUACAAGAUCAAAGCCAGAUUCAGCUGCAGCAACAACACACCAAAUGUACAAGACUCCGUGCUGCGCGCUCCGGGCUUUUCGAGGGAUCUGGAGAUCUACCGACUCGACCGGCAGCCGCAACAGCAGCAGCAUCUGGAAACUGUCCCUCUGCCCCUGUCAAGCAAAGCCUUCGUCCCUCAGUCGAUGCACGUUCUCCAGCCCUCUCCCGUGUCUCCCAAAGACACCAAGCUCAUUCCCAGGAUGCAGCCAAAUGCGGUCCACUGAAUGAAGAAAGGCCGGAGACUGAGUCGACUCCGCGCAACAACUUGAGGCGACAGCCACACCAGCAACAGCGCCAAGCGCGAGCGCUAGAAUCGACAUUCGUAGCUCCCAAGGGGCCCCGCGUCCUGAGAGUUAGAGGUCUCCCCCGCGGAGCUCCUCAUGAGGGCCCUCUUGGGCUCCUGUCGCGGCACAAGGAAGGCUCCAAAACCGCAGUCCAGGGGGCCACUGAGGCUCUGCAGGGGCACAUGGGGACGCAGGACGCACAUGAAGCCUGCAAUUUUUCUAUGCCUGUUGCUGCUCCACCUGAAGCAUCAGCAGGGGUAGCACCAGCGAAAGAAGCAACAGCAAGAUCGGCAGCCAAGGCCGAUACAGGUGUUGUUAGUGAGGCUUCUUGGGCCUCGUCCCCACCAUCCCCCUUGAUAAGUGAGGAUGCCGAAAUAGCACCGAAUGAAACGCAAGCUGCACCCGAAGCAGCAGCGGAAGCAGCAGCAACACAAGCAAAGACCCAGCCCCAACUUGAAGAUGGGGAGACACUUGCUGAUGGCUUACUUGGGGUCUGCGGUGAGCCCUUAAGCGACCCGCCCUCAGCACCAGCAGCGGCAGCAGCAAGCCAGCCAGCAACAGCAGCCGAGGGAGAGGACGUGGCGAGAAGCAGCAGCAGCAGCUGCCGCAACGUGAGCCAGUGCCUAUCCAGUCUUCAGGACCUGCACACGGGCCUAACCCCCCGGCCGUCUCAGCAGCAAGGGGAGGGGCCUCCAACCUCUCACCUGUUAGGGGCAAUCCAGGGACCUCACUGGGGCGCAGCACCCGCGCAGAAGCGGCUGCUGGAGCAAGUGUCUCAGGUCCUUCGCAGCAACGCAUCUCUUGCUGCUGCCACAAUGACAGUACUGCCUAGGAGUCGGCGGCUUGCAGCAGCAGCUGCAGCAGCUGCUGCAGGUGCAACUCCGCAGAAGACCAAGGGACCCAUGAGGGGAAGAAGGGCUCCCGAAGGGAUCAAAAAUGAAGGCCGUAGCAGCGCAAGCAAGGCUAAGAAGACCCCCAGUAGGGGAUCCUCCUUGAAAAGGGGGCUCCCGGUGUCAACGCCGAACAAAAGGGGUCGAAGUGAAGGCUCAUCGUUUCCCCGCAGCUGCAGCAAUAGCGUGCGAAGUAGCUGCAGGGUUCGGGAAAAGGCAGCAGCAGCAGAAGCAGUAGCAGCAGAAGCUACGGCUGCUGCAGUCCGCAGGGCAGGAGCCUCCAAGCAGAAGCAACUACGCCUGCAGCAGCAGCAGCAGCAGGCACACUACGCGAAUCUCGAGUGCUUGUUGCAGGAUCUGCGGCAAGAAGAAACACGGGAUUGGUGGUGCGACGAGGACCAGCCCGAGUUGGCUGCGAUUCCCUCCGAGGAGGCGGAACCCACGGGCUGCCCGCUCCUUUCGCCGCUUUAG